UAGGUCAAGGUAGCUCUGCAAGUUCAUUUGCAAGAGAAGCUAGCAGCACGUUGCAUUUGACGUGAAGUGGGACCUCAGUCGUCUUCCUGCUAGCCCUUUCUCUUCAAUUUCUUGCGGGUACCUUAUUACAAUCUUCAAAUCAAACAUUUUUACCCUGGACGCCAUCCAGAGACGAAUACCAAGCCCAGGGGAGAUUCGCUUCCUCACUGACUCGUACCGUUAACUAUUAUGGCUGGUAGCACCAUCAAUACAGUGCAGAAUAUUUUUCAAAGCAUGGAGUACGGACCAGCAGCAACUCCCAGCACUGCCACUGCACAGGCCUGGUUGGAUAACCAUUCCCGCUCUCUGGGUCUGUUCAUCGAUGGCAAGUUUGUCCGUCCGGCAGACAGACAGAGUCGCUCCCUGGCUGAUUCUAAAGGUGGUCAUGUGUGCAGCACAGUGUGCGCUGUGGAGGCAGAUGUUUCCCAGGCUGCCUCCUCUGCUGUUAGCGGCCACAAGGCCUGGAGCGGCCUGAGCUGCUACCAGAGGGCCAAAGUGCUGCUCAGGCUGGUGGGCGUGCUCGGGCAGCACGGCCAGUGUGUGUCAGAGCUGUGCGAGCUGUGUGAGGCGUCUUGCUCGCCCUCCGCCCUCGUCAGACUGCUGCAGUACUACAGCAGCUGGGCUCAGCUCAGAGACACUCUCAUCCCCAACUGGACACCGCUGGGUGUGGUGGCUGUAGCCGUCUCUGAAGACUGCUCUCUCUACUCCCUUAUGCUCAAAGUCCUACCAGCACUCGCCAUGGGUAACUCCGUCGUCGUGGUCCCUGGUCGGAGCAGCGCCCCUCCAGCGCUCCUCUUGGCCCAGCUUUUCGUGGGAGCAGGCCUUCCCGCCGGGGCUCUUAACGUCUUAACAGGAAGUGACAUGUCGCUGGGUGCCAGAGUGGCCCAGAACACCAGCAUCAGCUACGUCACCUACAGCGGCAACAAGCAGGAUGGGGUGACGCUGUGUAAGGCCACAGCAGGGAUGGGCGUUCCCGUUACUGUCUCCCCCAACAUCGGCGCUAGGUGUCCCUUCAUCAUCUUUGAGUCAGCCGACAUCGACAGCGCAGUGGAUGCAGUGAUAGAGGCUGCCUUCAAGAAGAAAAGAGAGGUCCACUGGGUGUUGUGCGUGCAGGAGAGCGUGCUGGACAGUGUUGUGGCCCGUCUCAGGCUCCGUAUGGCAGGGAUGAAGUGUGUGGCCCUGCACAGUGAGGGGGACAGGGUCCUGGUGGACACUGCAGUACAGGUCGCUCAGCAACAGGGCGCCACGUUGGUUCAGUCCUGCGCUGCCCCCCCUUCAGGUGCUCAGUACCCUCCCACAGUGCUCUGCGGGGCGGCCCCCUCCUCUCCAUUUGUGGUCAGCCCCUCCCCUGGACCACUGCUGCCACUCAUGACAUUCAGAAGCAACACAGAGGCAGUGACCCUGGGAAACCACAGUCCUCAUGGCCAGGCCGCCUCCAUCUGGACUGAAGACCUCACACUGGCUUUGGACACGGCAAAGAGUCUGUCAGUCGGCUCAGUGUGGGUGAACUCCCACUCGGUGUCUGACCCGUGUCUGCCUGUCUCUGGCCACAAAGACAGCGGCACCUGCACUGACGGAGGACACGAGGGUCUGUACCAGUUUCUACGCCCGUCCCCUUCUUCCUCUCCUCUACCUCGCUCCUCCCCCGUCUCUAUGGACUACUCAAAGUUUGGAACAGCAGCAUCCCCCGCUAUCAUUCCUGAUGACUCAGACCCUGCCAGCGCUCCGAAGCCCUACCUGCAGUUUGUUGGUGGUAAGCCAUGUAAAUCAGUGUCUGGCUGCAGUGUGGCUGUGCAGUCACCAGGGGGCGGCAGUGUGUUAGCCUAUUGUCCAGAUGGAGGCCGGAAAGACGUCCGUAAUGCCGUGGAGGCUGCUGUCAAAGUCCAGCCUGGAUGGAUGAAAAAGAGUCCGUCUGCACGCGCUCAGUCACUCUACUCUCUGACCAAGGGCCUGGAGGCAAAGAGGCGGGACAUAGCUGCAUCAGUCAGUGUUCAGACCGGCCUCUCAAUGGACGAGGCUGACACGGAGGUGGAGCUCAGCAUCGCCAGGCUCAGUGAUUGGGCGGCUUACUGUGACAAAAACCAAGGAGGAACUCCGCCUUUGCCACAGUCUGGCUCUGCUCUCUCCCUCCCCGAAGCCCUGGGAGUCGUGGGACUCGUCCUCCCCGACGAGAAUCCCCUCCUCUCCAUGGUAACACUACUAGGGGCAGCAAUCGCCAAUGGCAACGCUGUCGUCAUGGUCCCCAGUCAGAAGUAUCCACUCCCUGCCUUGGCAUUCAUUCAGGUGCUCCAGGCUUCAGACCUGCCAGCAGGAUUGGUAAAUGUCAUCACAGGGAGUAGAGACGAGCUGACAGCGGCUCUGGCUAAUCACAGCGUCAUCAAGGCCAUCUGGUACUGGGGCAGUGCUGAGGGCUGCCAGUACCUCCAGUACACCUGCACCAGCCCUCUGAAAACCCUGCAUCUGUUCUGCCAAAAGGAAGAUGGAGGCAAGGACUGGACUAAGUCUCAUCCCUCGCUCCUGGAAGAGAUGUGGAGAAAUGCCGUCCAGUGGAAGAGUGUGUGGAUUCCUACUGCAUAAAAAGACACGGAGAAGGAGAAUGAAAGAGGAAGGUGACAGGAAAGAUGGAGGGGGGGAGAGUUGCAGAUAUCCACUGUGUGUCUGUGGAGUCAAACUAUAGGAUGUAGAUUUAAAAAGAAGGAUACAAAAAAAAAAGAAUACCGGUGACCAUGAAAAUCAUAAGAUGACAGUGAAAUUAACAGACAACAAAUACUCCCAGUAAUUGACUCACCCUCCUUAAGUACUGCUACAGCACAUAUGCAGUUUACAAUGAUAACGAUGGCAGAUUUACUACUCAAAAUUAUUUUGUAAUUUUUUGUAACAAUGAUUCCUUGAUUUCAGACAGAGGCCGACAAAAGCCGGAUUCUCAUUUCUAGAUGGCGACCGUUGAUUUUUUUUUUAGUUUAACUGUCACUU